AAACAGUUUUGAAGCUGUUUUGGUCAAAAUCCCAGCUCUUAAGUAUUCACACGGUAUGGUUUUGUCGGGUGGAAAAUCCCUGUUUUGCAUCUUGUGUCACUUUCCAUGUUUUUUACACUGCAAGCAAACUGAAGCAAAGCACAUAAAAGAAAAAGCCCAUUUAACCGCUAAUAGUUGAUCCUAAAAACAACACAAAACAUUGGAGUAAAAACUGAGAAAGAAACAAACGAUUAUCAAGAAAAAAGUGGGUGGUUAAUUAGUGGGAAACAAUGAAUUGAAAAGCCAGAUAAAUAGUGGGAAGAUAAUAAAAGAAGAGGGUCUUUGGGGGGCGGGGUGGGGGUGUUUUUAUUAAGUUUUUCAUAAAGCUUAGAAAUUUGCAAAUGUCACAAGAUUUGGAAGAGGUAAAGACGAUAGAGCAAUGGAAAUGGUCCGAAAUGCAAGGCCUUGAACUUGUGUCUGCUUCACCUUCUGACCCUUUUAAAACCAAUCCUUCCACCCCAACUCUUAACUCCUACACACUUAACAGACAAAACUCAACAGCAAAGUCCAGCUGAAGCUCAGGGAAGUGCAGGGGGGUGAGAAGAGAAAUGGAAACUUCAGCGGCUUCUUCUUCAUCUGAGACGAAAAAAGAAGGGAGUAAUAAUGGUAGUGGGGAGAAGCCAGGGGAUGUUCCUUCAGUUGGUUUUGGUGAACUGUUUAGAUUUGCUGAUGGUUUGGAUUAUGUGUUGAUGGGAAUUGGGUCACUUGGAGCUCUCGUACACGGUUGUUCUUUGCCUAUAUUCCUUCGUUUCUUUGCCGAUCUUGUCAAUUCUUUUGGUUCUAAUGCUAAUAACAUGGACAAGAUGAUGCAAGAAGUUUUAAAGUAUGCAUUUUACUUCCUUGUGGUGGGUGCUGCAAUUUGGGCAUCUUCGUGGGCAGAAAUAUCGUGUUGGAUGUGGACUGGAGAGAGGCAAACCACAAAGAUGAGGAUCAAGUACUUAGAAGCAGCUCUGGACCAGGAUAUUAAAUACUUUGACACUGAGGUUAGAACUUCUGAUGUUGUGUUUGCCAUCAACACUGAUGCAGUGAUGGUCCAGGAUGCCAUUAGUGAGAAGUUGGGCAAUUUCAUUCACUACAUGGCAACCUUUGUGUCUGGUUUUGCGGUGGGUUUUACAGCAGUAUGGCAAUUGGCUUUGGUCACACUCGCAGUGGUUCCUCUCAUUGCUGUGAUUGGAGCAAUCCAUACCACCACAUUGGCCAAGCUCUCUGCAAAAAACCAAGAAGCUUUAUCACAAGGAGGGAAUAUUGUGGAACAGACAGUGGUCCAAAUUCGAGUUGUGUUGGCUUUUGUUGGUGAAUCAAGAGCAUUACAAGCCUACUCCUCAGCAUUAAAGGUUGCGCAAAAGAUUGGUUACAAAACUGGAUUUGCAAAGGGAAUGGGAUUAGGGGCAACUUACUUUGUUGUCUUUUGUUGUUAUGCUCUUCUUCUUUGGUACGGAGGUUAUCUGGUUAGGCAUCAUUACACCAAUGGAGGACUUGCCAUUGCCACCAUGUUUGCUGUUAUGAUUGGUGGAUUGGGUUUGGGGCAAUCUGCACCAAGCAUGUCUGCAUUUGUGAAGGCCAAAGUUGCAGCAGCGAAAAUCUUCCGUAUAAUUGAUAACAAACCCGGAAUCGAUAGGAAUAGUGAGUCAGGUUUGGAUUUGGAGUCUGUUACUGGUCUAGUUGAACUGAAAAAUGUGGAUUUUGCAUAUCCAUCAAGGCCAGAUGUAAGGAUCCUUAACAAUUUCUUCCUAACUGUUCCUGCUGGCAAAACCAUAGCUUUGGUAGGAAGCAGUGGUUCGGGUAAAAGUACCGUUGUCUCCCUUAUUGAGAGAUUCUACGAUCCCUCCUUAGGAGAAGUGCUGUUAGAUGGGCACGAUAUAAAGACAUUAAAGCUCAGAUGGUUGAGGCAACAAAUAGGACUUGUGAGCCAAGAGCCUGCUCUCUUUGCCACCACCAUUAAAGAAAAUAUUCUUUUGGGUAGGCCUGAUGCUAACCAAAUCGAGAUCGAAGAAGCUGCCAGAGUGGCCAAUGCACAUUCAUUCAUAGUAAAGCUUCCUGAUGGCUUUGACACUCAGGUUGGGGAGAGAGGACUUCAACUCUCAGGUGGGCAGAAGCAGAGAAUUGCUAUAGCCAGGGCAAUGUUGAAAAACCCGGCAAUCCUACUCUUGGAUGAAGCAACUAGUGCUCUAGAUUCUGAGUCAGAAAAGUUGGUUCAAGAGGCUCUUGAUCGUUUCAUGAUUGGGAGGACAACUCUUGUAAUUGCCCAUCGCCUUUCCACUAUUCGCAAGGCUGAUCUUGUAGCUGUGCUCCAGCAGGGAAGUGUUUCUGAAAUUGGAACACAUGAUGAACUCAUUGCCAAAGGAGAAAAUGGUGCCUAUGCCAAGCUCAUCCGAAUGCAAGAAAUGGCACACGAAACUGCCCUUAACAAUGCUCGAAAAAGUAGUGCAAGGCCUUCUAGUGCCAGGAACUCAGUAAGCUCUCCAAUUAUAGCCCGGAAUUCAUCAUAUGGCAGAUCACCAUAUUCACGAAGGCUUUCUGACUUCUCUACUUUUGAUUUUAGUCUUUCCCUUGAGGCCUCACACCCUAAUUACCGAAUGGAAAAGCUUGCCUUCAAGGUGCAAGCUAGUUCCUUUUGGCGCCUUGCCAAAGUGAAUUCUCCUGAAUGGGUUUAUGCUGUAGUUGGUUCUAUAGGCUCUGUUGUCUGCGGAUCCCUCAGUGCUUUCUUUGCAUAUGUGCUAAGUGCUGUUCUCAGUGUCUACUACAACCCGGACCACGCUUACAUGAGAAGAGAAAUUGGGAAAUACUGCUAUUUGUUAAUUGGGCUUUCGUCCGCUGCUCUUCUCUUUAACACACUGCAGCAUUCCUUUUGGGAUAUCGUGGGAGAAAACCUCACAAAACGUGUGAGAGAGAAGAUGCUGACAGCUGUGCUGAAAAACGAAAUGGCAUGGUUUGAUCAAGAGGAAAAUGAGAGUGCUAGGAUUUCUGCAAGGCUGGCUCUUGAUGCCAACAAUGUCAGAUCAGCUAUAGGAGAUCGCAUUUCAGUGAUUGUGCAGAACACGGCUCUCAUGUUAGUUGCCUGCACUGCCGGCUUUGUUUUGCAGUGGCGCCUUGCCCUUGUCCUAAUUGCAGUCUUCCCUGUGGUUGUAGCAGCAACUGUUUUGCAGAAAAUGUUUAUGAAAGGUUUCUCAGGAGAUUUAGAAGCUGCUCAUGCCAAGGCUACGCAACUAGCUGGGGAGGCUAUUGCCAAUGUAAGAACUGUUGCUGCUUUCAAUUCAGAGAACAAAAUUGUUGGCCUAUUCUCUUCAAGCCUUCAAACUCCACUGAGGCGCUGCUUUUGGAAGGGUCAAAUUGCGGGAAGUGGAUUUGGUGUAGCUCAGUUUUCACUAUAUGCUUCUUAUGCCCUUGGUCUUUGGUAUGCUUCCUGGCUUGUGAAGCAUGGGAUCUCUGAUUUUUCAAAGACAAUCCAAGUCUUUAUGGUUCUCAUGGUUUCCGCCAAUGGUGCAGCUGAAACAUUGACCCUGGCUCCUGACUUCAUCAAGGGAGGUCGAGCCAUGCGGUCGGUCUUUGAUCUUCUCGACCGUAAAACUGAGAUAGAGCCUGAUGACCCUGAUGCCACACAAGUUCCAGACUGCCUUCAGGGAGAAGUUGAACUAAAGCAUAUUGACUUUUCUUAUCCCUCGCGUCCUGAUGUCCCAAUCUUCCGUGACCUUAAUCUUCGUGCCCGAGCUGGAAAAACUCUUGCGCUUGUCGGUCCGAGUGGAUGUGGUAAGAGCUCAGUCAUUGCACUUAUUCAGAGAUUCUAUGAGCCCUCAUCUGGCCGUGUUAUGAUUGAUGGAAAGGACAUCCGGAAGUACAACCUCAAAUCCUUGAGAAAACACAUAGCAAUUGUUCCACAAGAGCCAUGCCUCUUUGCUUCCACCAUUUAUGAAAACAUUGCCUAUGGACAUGAGUCUGCUACUGAGGCUGAAAUCAUUGAGGCAGCUACCCUAGCUAAUGCCCACAAGUUCAUAUCUUCACUGCCCGAAGGUUACAAAACGUUUGUCGGGGAGAGAGGAGUUCAACUUUCUGGAGGCCAAAAACAAAGAAUUGCCAUUGCAAGGGCUCUUGUGAGGAAGGCAGAGCUUAUGCUGCUUGAUGAGGCAACAAGUGCCCUUGAUGCCGAGUCUGAGAGAUCGGUCCAAGAGGCUCUAGACCGUGCCUGCUCUGGGAAAACUACAAUAGUGGUUGCUCAUAGGUUGUCGACAAUUCGGAAUGCUCAUGUCAUUGCAGUGAUAGAUGAUGGGAAAGUUGCAGAGCAAGGAUCCCAUUCAUAUUUACUUAAAAAUUAUCCUGAUGGGUGUUAUGCCCGCAUGAUACAAUUACAAAGGUUUACACAUAGCCAAGUUGUUGGAAUGACAUCCGGCUCAAGUUCUUCAGCUAAACCAAAAGAUGACAAUGAGAGAGAAGCCUAGUGAACUUCUAGAAUUAUAGUAGAAAAGGAGUAUAUCCCAUAUACCCCUUUUAACAUUUUUUUUGGCUGUUUAUUCUGGAUUUAAUGUUUUAAUAUAAUAUAAUAUAAUAUGAUAUAAUAUAUGUGCAUUAUCUUUCUUUUUC